GUGCCUCCAUGGCGCGCUCGGAAGAUUUGGGGCUCCGAGAGGACACGCUGAAGGUCUUAGCUGCCUUCCUUCAGCGGGGUGAGGCCGCGGGGGGCCCUGUGCCCACCGUCGACAGGAGCCUGACCCAGGAGCAGCCAACAGACUUCCUGAGCCGCCUGCGAAAAUGUCUUCUCUGUCCCAUAGGGCGAGGGGCAGCUCCUCCCGAGUCCCCUCGGCCUACCUCCCUGCCUCUCCGUCCCUGCUAUGGUUCAGAGGAGCCUGGCCCAGCAACUCCAGAUUUCUAUGCCCUGGUGGCGCAGCGGCUGGAACAGCUGGUCCAAGAACAACUGAAAUGCCCACCUAGCCCAGAAUUACAGGGUCCUCCACCCACAGAGAAGGAGGCGCUGCUUCGGAGGCUCGUGGCUCUGCUGGAGGAAGAGGCUGAAGUGAUCAACCAGAAGCUGGCCGCUGACCCCGCACUGCGCCGCAAGCUGGCCCGCCUGUCCGCCGGCUCCUUCGCUCGCCUGGUGGAGCUCUUCUCCCGCCGGGAGGGCAGCCCGCGGACCAGCCCCGCGCGCCGCCCGUCCAUGCCGCCCUGCCCGGGACCCCCGCCACCCUCUCCGGAGCCCUUGGCCCGCCUGGCGCUGGCCAUGGAGCUGAGCCGGCGCGUGGCCUGGCUGGGCGGCUCCCUUGCGGGGCUCAGCGUGGAGCACGUGCACAGCUUCACGCCCUGGAUCCAGGCCCACGGGGGCUGGGAGGGCAUCCUGGCCGUCUCCCCUGUGGACUUGAAUUUACCCCUGGACUGAGCUUCCACAGAAGCUGCAUCAACGUCGGACCUCAAGCUCCUGCCUCCAGUGCUCUGUGGGGCCCUGCGAGAUCCCUCAGGGUUGGGGAGCAAAGCAGCCCUCCCUGUUUUUAGCCAAAAAGCAACAACGGAUGCAAGUUUUUCAGCAAUAAACACU